CCUUUAUCAGGGUUGGAUCCAAAGUCCAGGGUACAAUAUAAAUAAAUAACGACAGUCAGUCUUUUUCACUAAAGUUAUUUUAACUAUCCAGGUUUGUUUAAAGCAUGGAGAAAGAGAUAAAAGCAGAGAUUGUUGAGAGGAAGGGGAAGUUGACACUGGUCUUGGCUUUAGCUUCUUUGAUCUCUGCAUUUGGUUCAUCUUUUCAAUACGGCUACAAUGUUGCUGUAAUAAACUCACCUGCCCCGGAAAUGCAGAUGUUCUACACCCAAAUAUACGAGGAUCGGUAUGGUCCAAUGACAGACAAUUUUCUGACGCUCCUGUGGUCCAUAACCGUCUCCAUGUACCCACUCGGUGGGUUUUUUGGAUCUCUCAUGGUAGCUCCACUGGUGAACAAAUUAGGACGAAAAGGUACACUUCUGUUCAACAACGUCUUCUCUAUCGUUCCUGCUGUAAUGAUGGGUGUGAGUGAAGUUGUGAGGUCUUUCGAAAUCAUCAUUGUGGCACGCUUUCUCGUGGGCAUCUGUGCAGGCCUAUCCUCUAAUGUAGUCCCCAUGUAUUUGGGCGAGCUCUCACCCAAGAAUUUCAGGGGUGCCAUUGGGAUCGUGCCUCAGCUCUUCAUCACUAUUGGCAUCCUGACUGCCCAGGUGUUUGGCAUUCGCAGUAUCCUGGGUAACAAAGAAGGCUGGACCAUCAUGUUGGGUCUCACGGGGAUUCCAGCUGUCAUAGAACUGCUGCUUCUGCCCUUCUUCCCAGAGAGUCCACGCUAUAUGCUCAUACAGAAGGGGGAUGAAAAAACUGCCAGGAAAGCGCUCCAGCGGCUGCGGGGUUGGGAGGAUGUGGAUGAGGAACUGUCUGAGAUGCACGUUGAGGAUCAGUCGGAGCGAGCAGAAGGCAGGCUGUCUGUGCUCAACCUCCUCACCUUCCGCUCACUGCGCUGGCAGCUGCUGUCUAUAGUCAUCAUGAACAUGGGUCAACAGUUGUCAGGCGUCAAUGCCAUAUAUUACUAUGCUGACAGCAUCUAUAGCUCAGCAGGAGUGAGGGAAGAUCACGUUCAGUAUGUGACUGUCGGAACAGGAGCUGUGAAUGUUUUCAUGACAGUAGCAGCUGUGUUUAUUGUGGAGAAAUCGGGCAGAAAGCCGUUGCUACUGAUUGGUUUUGGCAUAUGCUGUGUAGCCUGUGUCCUUCUGACCGUAGCUCUUCACUUUCAGACAAAAAUGGAUUGGAUGCCUUAUGUCAGCAUCGUUUGUGUCAUUAUUUACGUCAUCGGACAUGCUAUUGGCCCAAGUCCUAUUCCUUAUGUUAUCACCACUGAGAUGUUCCGGCAGUCAUCUAGACCACCGGCGUUCAUGGUGGCUGGCUCCGUUCACUGGCUUUCAAACUUCACAGUCGGCCUGGUCUUUCCCUUUCUAGAGAGGGGUCUGGGUGAAUACAGCUUCAUCAUUUUUGGCUGCAUCUGUCUUGCCACACUUAUCUACAUUUGGUUGGUCAUCCCAGAGACCAAAAACAAGACCUUCCUGGAGAUCACCAAGCUUUUCGCUAAGAGAAACAAGGUGGAGACUGUAGUGGAGGCUGGAGAUUCAGCGAUUAAAGAAAUUGGAGCGGAAAGCGAUGAACGUGAAAUUCACAGCACAUUCCUAUGAAGGCUGAUUGGUUAAAAGUAAAUUCAACUCAACUUCGUUGUGGCGCUGGUCGCUUCCGGUGUAGACACUGCGUCUGACCUGACCAUGUUUUGCUUUAGUGGGGUUUUUUCUUUAAUUGCUAAUGCGACCUUUUUACAUCAUAGACUGAACAAAAUGAAGCAGUGCUUUGUAAUUGGUUGCCCUAAAUUGGUAUUAUCAAAUUGUUUACUUAAAUUUAACGCCUGACAGCUAUUCAACCUCUAUUAUAUACCUUUGUAUUAUAGUUAUAUUACAUUAUCAAGAUUAAUUUGUUCUGACACAGUUCUUGUCAGUUUUAUUACCAUUUUUCUAAACUAUACCGAUUAAAUUGUGAUCAUUUGAGAAAUGUUAAAGGUGUCUUAAUAAUUUUGAGUUUGACUGUAUACAGCUGAGAAACAAAUGAAAAGCUCAGUCCAGUUUGCUUUUAAUCAGCAUUUCUAGAUGUAUUGUCAUUCCAGGGUCUGUUGAAUUUCCACAAAAUCAAACCACAUGAGUGACAAAGUCAUCCAACAGCAAUAAAGACUGACACGACAAGA